UAGCAACAAAGGGAUCGCAGAGAGAAGAUUUCCGCAGGCAUCUGCGGCCUCCUGUGUUGAGCACCUUUACGUGAACAACAGUAGACAUGGAGAAAACCUGGAAGAUCCCUGGAUCUGGAUGUAAAGUGCUUUACAAAGGGAGACACAUUGGAUUGCAACAGCUGAUAGCACUGGCCAAGGCAGGAAGAACGUUUCUGGGUCCCACUAAAUUCUACAAGUUUGUCAUGGAUCUGAGCAGCUGUGAAGCUGCUCUCACUUGUUCCUCUUUUCGUCUUUUGGAAAACUUGGACUUAAGCUCUGCUGUGGGACAGCUGCUUAAUGAGACUGUCCAAGCACAUCAGAAAGUUUUUAACACAGGAACCACCAGUCUCAUGUUUCUUGCUGGGGCUUGGAGUGCAGCUGUACUGGAAUGCCUUCAUCAAGGCAUCCCUAUACCUGUGAUAGUGGCAGUGAUGUCAGCAGGACUGGAGUCGUGCACUGAGUUCUGCAAAGGAUGCGCUGUACCUAUUGAAGACAUUGUCAGGAAGAUGAACUGUGACCAAGGAAAGCAAGCAGAAGUAUGUUUAACAAUGUCACCCAAUCAUUUGACACAUACCCAAAAAGGUAGUUGCUUACAGCAGGGGCAACUCCAGAGCAUUACAAGAUCAACCAUUUCUGCACUUCCUACACUGUCCCAGUCAACAGCAGUCAAAGAUGAGUGUUUGAGAUUGCAGUUAAAAGUUUUCACUCAGUCAUUGUCCACAAGAUCUAGCAUUGGUGAGAGAACCACUAAAACGAAGAUUAAACUGACUCACAGCAGGCAUUUUAAUAGCAAAAAUGCUAACUCUGAUGAACAAUUGCUGUCAAGUAAUUUGCAGCAAGUAUCACUGUCAACAGGCCAUCAUGGAGAUGUUAAUAUUACACACCUGGCAGUGGGUUUAAGUCAUGGAUGUUCAUAUGGAAUGAAUCUAGUGAUAGAGGCCUACAGACUUCAAGCCCAAAACACUAGAAAGAGAGACUACAGUCUUAGAGCUGGACCUUCCUUUGAUGUCAACAAGAUCGUGACAUGUGUUCUACCUGGCUUAUGUGAAGAACAGUCAUGUGUGACUCCAGGUUUUGUCACUCUUGUAUCUAUUGAGCAGGCCGCUUUAGCAAAUCACUUUAAAGAUCAGAAUUUACGUGUGGUACUUAUAAAUGGCGAUCUAAGUGAAAGAUAUCGACACUUGGGGUUCAACGGAUGUUCAAAUAUUAAAAACAUAACUGAAAGCCCAGAUGUAUCUGGAAGUAGCUUGGAGGAUGAGUGGGCACAUGAUGCUCUGACAGCGCUUUUGAGUUUAAAGGUAAACUUGGUUUUAGUGAUGGGAAUGGCAUGUCCCAGAUUAAUGGAAACAUGUGUUAAACAUAACAUCCUCAUAGUCCAGUGGGGGAAACCUAAUGUUUUGAAAGAUUUUGCUGAAACCACAGGUGCUGUAGCGGUGGCCUAUAUAACACAAGUUAAUGAGUAUUGUGUAGGUAGUGGAGCAUGUGUGAGUCUUUGGAGGACACUCGGUGGAACAAAAGCAGAAUCUGCAAACAAAGUUGCAAUCAGUGUAACUGGCAAUGCAACAUCCCUGGUAACAGCUGUUAUUACAAGUUCUGUAAUCUGUAAGCUUCAGGCAAUGGAGGACCAGUUCUGGACAUGUGCACACCGUCUCAAUCAUGCCCUGAAAGAGAAGACAGUAUUUCCUGGAGCUGGGAGGGUUGAAAUGCUUUGCCUCCGUUAUAUUCAAAAGAUUAUUGAAGAAGACCACGUCACAAUGUGUAAUCUUGAUGAUGAUGAUCAUACAAGUUCACUGUGGAUGACCAAACCUGUUAGUCAGUAUAGAGGUAUAAUCCUCCAGCUGAUGUCGGAUGGCUGGAAGGAAUACCUUGCCACUCUGAUGUGUAACAGUACAAUGUGCACUACACAACUUGAAGCUUGGACAGUCAUUAAUCAAUGCCUGGGCAACAUGCGUGAUGGUGUGUCUCUACCUCCAGUCUCUACAGCACACCUGUUUAACUGUAGUUACAGUGAACCUGCAUCAGAGAAGAGAGGAGACAUGGAUGUUUAUGAUAACGUUACAGUAAAAGUAGAAGCUUGGCGAAGGGCUCUGGAUGUGGUUCUGUUAGUGCUUCAAACAGAUACUGAGAUUGUCACUGGUUACAGCACUGGAGAAGCUGAAGAACUACCCAAUGAACUAGUGCUGCUUUAGGCCUGUAUCAUAAUAUAUUUGUUAGUGUUUUGAGGUGACACUGUAGGUCUGGACACAUUUAAAAAACACUUUUGCUUAAUGGACUGCCUGUAUAAAAUAAGCACCUUCUGUAAGAAAACAGACGCCCUUUCUGGAGAUCACACUUCAUUCCAGUUUCCCUUUAAGCAGUUGGAGGCUGUAAUACUUUCUGAAUGGUCUCCUUCCUGUUCCAGACUAUUUUAGCACUGCAGACUUGGCACACCUAAUCACUGCUAUUCUGCUGGACUGGAGUUGUUGUUGUUGUUUUUUUUUUAGAAAACACUACAUGUAUAAUUUGCUUUCUUUUAAGAUUACAAUAUUGCAAUAUAGGGCUAAAAAUGAGCUGUGUGGCUUUAUUGUCAAUGGUUACUCCAGCCUCGCACUCUGUGUAUAAAUGGGUUUAAUUGCAUUUCUGGAAAUGACAGAACAUCCUCUGCUUCUGGGACACAUUGUUUAUGCAGGUCUUAAAAAUGUAGAGUUGUUGGAAAUUCUACUGUGAUAAAAAAAAGGACAGUGAAUCCUUUAUAAAAUAGCCUAAACAGAAGGCCUACAUCAAGACAGUUUAUCUGGCAACGUAUACAGUACGUUAGAACUGUGGUUUUCUGGUUUAACAAUGAGUUUCCAUCACUGAAAAUGGCAAUGUGGCUUUAUGUGCUGUCUUCCUUAGGUAUUCAUGUAAAGGGAAGGACAUGUUUUUAACAGCAAAGUUUCCACUCUAAUGCUUCUGACAUUUUGGACUGUAUUAAUAGACAACUUUGAAAAUGAUGUGUAGAUAUUGUUUUUGUCUUUCUUUCUUUUUUUAUUAUAAAUAUUUGCUUUUUAAAUGUCAAAACUCAGUAAUUUCAGCAUGAUCAAAUUAACCAAACUAAAAAACUUAAUCACAAAUAUUAAAUACAUGUUAAAUAGCUUGAAAACUGGUAAACAAAACAUUAUUUGCAUGCUGUAGAUAAUAUUUACCAAUAUUUCCCAUGUUAAAGUGCAUCACUUAUCAUUAGAGGAUUCUACUGCUUGAUUACAGUAUGUCACUGCACACAGUGACAACAUAUUAAACCAAAGAGUAACACAACCUACAUGUAACUGAAGGUUGCCACUCAGCCCCUGAAAAGAUAUUUUUUUAAAACAGGAUAAAUGAAUGGUAAUAAUAAAACAAAAAGCAGAGAUGUCUUGAAUGACUCAAACCAUUACCGCACACAGGGGCAGAUUGGUGAAAGUGUUUACUCCAAAGUGUAGUUUGUAUUGUUUUCAGUGAUAGAUAAAUAAUGCGCUCUCGGUUGGUUUCUUAGACCUUCCCUACAGUAAAGUAAGGUUGUAGUCUGGGGAACUAGCCAUUAAUGUACAAAAGUAGUCACAAGCAACUAUGAAGGUCAAACAUGUGUUACUUACUAGUUUUGUGAUAUAGUAAGAUUUUUAUUUCAAAAAAAUGAUAUGUGUUACAGUAAAAGUUCAGAAUCUGGUAAAGUUUUACCGGUAACUAUCAACAUUUACCAAGUAAGGUGGUAAAUGUCAGAAUUCUGAAGAAAUAUAUUGCUUUUUGGACAUUCAUCGAAAGCUUAUGGCACUUGGAUAUUCUUGAUUUGCCAAUAUUCUGACUUUUACCGUAACACAUGCAUUACACUUGGGACUUCUGUUUUUCGUUUUUUAUUAAUUUCAUUUUUCGGUGCUUAUUUGUAAGUAUUUUUGAGUUUAAAAAAAAAAAAAAAAAAAGGGGGCUUUUGCUUUUUAUCUACUGUAUGAAAUUAUUGUUUUUUCCAAAAUUCUUGGGCGUUUUUUUUCCAUCACAAUAUGUGUAGUAACUUGACAGUACUUGCACACUUCAGUUGUACCUUCUUUCCUUUGCUGUCUUCCACAACAAAAUCCUUAUGGUGACAGGCACAUUCUUUUGUGGUUUAUGUGUGUUUAGGCAUUUUGUUACAUUAUGCCACAAUUUGCAAUUCUUUUUUAAAUUCCUUAAAAUACUCCCUCACGAUAAUAUAAUAUAGCUUUAAAUCUCACAAACAAGAACAAUUCUUCAUUUCUAAUUGUAAUGUCGUUUUAAAUCUUACAAGUGUGUUACAAUCCUCUAAUAGAAACGUAGGAAUUUGCUGCUACUAAGUAGUUGGGGUGGGUUUAAAGUAUUCAGAACAAAUCAAUGCGAGAUACAAGUUUUAUUUUUUUUUUUUCACGGGGAAAAGGGUCAAGUCAACAUGAAUUGAAUAACCAUUUCCAGUGUUUUUCCGGUGUUUAUUGGAAUGCACCGAUUUUCAUUUUUGUUUUUUUGUAUCGGGUGUUUUAUUAUUGGUUAAAACCGAAAAUCGGAAGCACUAAUUAUACUUCAGUGUGAUUUAUUGGUAAAUCUGAUAUUCUGACUUUUGAGAAAUAUAGCUAAACUUCGAUCUAUUAUUUCUGUAUCUGAUGCUGAGAGGCUAAUGCAUGCCUUUGUUUCAUCGAGACUCGACUAUUGUAAUGCACUUUUUUCUGGGAUUCCAAAGUAUUUGGUAUUCGCUUGCAACUUAUUCAGAAUGCUGCUGCAAGAAUUCUAACUAAAACCAGAAAAGGUGAACAUAUUACUCCUGUCUUGGCCUCCUUACACUGGCUUCCUGUGCAGUUUCGAAUUGAUUUUAAGAUUUUAUCUUUAACUUAUAAAGCCCUUAAUGGAUUAGCACCCAGUUAUUUACAAGAGCUGUUGAUCCCACACAUUCCUAAGCAGACUCUUAGAUCUCAGGAUGCAGGGCUCGUGGUUAUUCCAAGGGCCUUUUCUUAUAGGGCAUUCUGGAACGCUCUGCCUUUUGUUAUCAGAGAAGCGAGGAGUCUUGCAGUUUUUAAGUCAAGACUGAAUACCUGUUUAUACACACAAGCCUUUUUAUUACUGUCUUUCUAUUACUGAUAUCCAUUAUUACUGUUUUAUAAUUGUUUUAAUAUACAUGAUUGGAAAUGUAUUCACUUAUUUAAAAUAAUCUUUUUCUUAUAGUCUCUCUUAUGCUAUUAUCGAUUUUUAAUGUUUUAUUGUGCUGUGUGUUAUGUUUUUGAUGUUUUUUUUAUUUUUAUGUUUUCUGUAAAGCACCUUGGGGUCUAUGACAUAAGCUGCUAUGUAAAUGAAAGUAAAUAAAAUAAAUAAAUAUUAUCAUAUUAUUUUUGACCACAAGGUGGAGCCAAAUGGAUAUUUUUAUGCCACCCAUGUUUAUUAAUGUAAAACAUGUACUCUCUGUUGCAGUCAUUUUUCCUAAAUGGAAGUUCUAGGCUUUAUAAACUUUUAUUUUGCGUAAUAUAUAUAUGGCAGUGUCAGUGCUAUAAAAACAACAAGGUAAGGUUUAUUCUUUGACACAUGUUUUAUAGAGGUAUGUCUUUCUCAAUGACUUCAAUUUCUUAUUUGAAAUGUAUGUGUGUCUGACUUUGUAAAAACAAAUCAAUUUAUAUGUAUGGAUGUCUUUUGAGGUAUUUGCAUUUAAAUCAUAUGGUUUUAUAUUAAACUUGCACCGUUGUUUUUUUUGUUGGAGUGCCAGGAGUCACAGCUUUCAAAAUUCAAUGGCUAACCAUUGUCUUCCAAAAGGAAGAUUGACCCCUUGAGGGAGUUUUUAAUUUCAUAUCUCAUAUAACUGGUAAGCCGAAAGAGGAACGAAUCCAAACACAAUCUUUUAAUCCCCUCCUUUUGAUAUCUUUCUGGAAAACUCAGUAUUUUACCUGCUUAUCUAACAAUUAUUCUGUGCUUGGGUAUUUAACAUUACCCACUUUAAUAAGGCAAGGUAUGUCUUAACAUAGAUUGUAUUUUGGUAACAUCAGGAAAAAUGAUGUUGCAAAAUGGUGAUGUCCUUUGAAGUAAAUGCGACUAUUUAUGUAAUAGUUUUACCGAAUGUACAGCUGGGGUCAUACCUUGUUGUUGCUUUAUGGACAACACAGGAUAAUUCAUGUAAUGAAAAGCUGUUAUCUGAGGUGCUUGAUAAUAAUGAUUUUGUUGGGACUGGCAGUGAUGCUUCACCUUGCAGUUCUAUGACAAUCUCCUAUUUGACAAUAUUAGGUACUUGCACAGCGGGUACAACAGGAGUGGCAUGGUGUUCGACAUAUUGAUAUACUUUUACUACCUGCUAAGUUUAUGUGCACAUAGCUUUUCCCUUGGCAUGCAUGUGAACCAGUCAAGUGACCUUUGAACUAUGUAGUACUCACUGAUAUUGCAUAACCGGCAGGAGUGUGGAGUAGUGGUUAGGGCUCUGGACUCUUGACCGGAGGGUUGUGGGUUCAAUCCCCAGUGGGGGACACUGCUGUUGUACCCUUGAGCAAGGUACUUUACCUAGAUUGCUCCAGUAAAAACCCAACUGUAUAAAUGGGUAAUUGUAUGUAAAAUAAUGUGAUAUCUGUAUAAUGUGAAAUAAUGUAUAAUGUGAUAUCUUGUAACAAUUGUAAGUCUCCCUGGAUAAGGGCGUCUGCUAAGAAAUAAAAUAAUAAUA